AUGUUUGUACACUCUCCCAAUUCAACACGUCCAAAUUGUACGUCACAACCCAAUUUAACAGAUAAUUCUGACAACAUCAAUACUGAAACUGGAACAUUGACUGAAUUAGAUAAUCGUUCAACUCCUACCUGUCCUCAGUCUAAUAUUGAAAUUUGUUCUACCACUAUUAAACUUCUCCAAUUUUGGACAAAUUGUCCGGAAGCGUGGUUUAUCCAUGCUGAAAUGCAAUUUGCAAAUAGGAAAGUAACACAGGACAUUACUAAAUAUGAGUAUGUUGUUACUGCUUUACCUCAAGAUGUAAUAGUAACUGUACUUGACAUUAUACAGAAACCUCCUUCAAGUAAUCGUUAUGAUCAUUUAAAGAAAAUCCUUAUUGAAAGGCAUUCUAUGAGUGAAAAUACAAAAUUAGAUAAAAUAUUGUCUAAUUCUGAGAUGGGAGAUCAAAAACCAUCUGAAUUUUAUAGGUCAUUAGCUUUACUUGGGAAUUCAAAUUUUAGUCCCGACGUGUUAAGAAAAAUAUGGUUAAGAAAAUUACCAAAUAACAUAAAUGUUGUCUUGACUGGUUCCAAUUUAACAGAUAUCAACGAAUUAACACGCUUAGCUGAUAUCAUAUGGGAAGUGCUACAGAGUAAUAAGAUAGCAAGUAUUAGAGACACUACUCCAAUACAUUCUGCAAAUUCGUAUAGUCUAGAAAAGGUUGUUGAAAAUCUAGUACAAGCUACUACCAAUAUUUGUAAUAGCUUCAAUAAUCUUUCAUUAGACGUAGCUUCAAUAAAAAAUCAGUUAGAUGGACAACAGUACAGACCCUUAAAUAGGCGAUUAAGUAGGAGCAGAUCUCGUCCUAGAUCUACGAAUAGAGACUGGAUUUGUAGAUUCCAUUAUAGAUACGGUAGUGAAGCAAGAAGGUGUGAACAACCUUGCUCUUAUUAUAGACAAAAAGAAGAUUCAAAAAACUAA